GUAGUAGUGGCUUUCAGUAGGCCUUUAAUGCUUAAACCAAAAAUAAACAAAAGGUGAGGGCCCCUAAGAAAAGGCAUUGAAGCUUAGUGAAGGCUAUGCAGAACGAAACUAAAACUGAACUGGCUACAAAAGUAAACAAAAACAGAAUGCUGGACGACAGCAAAGACUUACUGUGGAGCAAAGACGGCGUCCACAAAGUACAUCCGAACAUGACAUGACGAUCAACAAUGUCCCCACAAAGAAGGAUAAAAACAACUGAAAUAUCUUGAUUGCUAAAACAAAGUAGAUGCGGGAAAUAUCGCUCAAAGGAAGACAUGAAACUGCUACAGGAAAACACCAAAAAAAGGAGAAAAAAGCCACCAAAAUAGGAGUGCAAGACAAGAACUAAAACACUACGCACAGGAAAACAGUAGAAAACUCCAAAUAAGUCAGGGGGUGAUGUGACAGGUGGUCACAGUACACCUACUUUGAGACAAGAGCUAUAGUGAUGCAUGCUUGGUUAUGCUUUAAAGUCCUAUCCAACAAUUGCGACGACGACUUUUUACUGACAACUGAGAUUUGUUUUUUAAUGAUUUCUUCUAGUGGUGUGCCUCUGCAUUUUUCCAACGCAAAAAAUGUGCCUUGGCUCAAAAAAGGUUGAAAAACACUGGUGUAUAUUACAGUGCAGUAUUGAUCUUAUUUUCUAUUAUGUUGGGCCACUUCACAAAAAUCGUCACCAAGCAUGGCUUAAGGAGUGAGGAAUGCUAACAACACGGUGGCUAACCCAUCCAUCCAUUUUCUACCGCUUGUCCCUUUUGGGGUCGCGGGGGGUGCUGGAGCCUAUCCCAGCUGCACAUGGGCAGAAGGGCAGGGUACACCCCGGACAAGUCGCCACCUCAUCGCAGGGCCAACACAGAUAGACAGACAACAUUCACAUAUUAGGGCCAAUUUAGUGUUGCCAAUCAACCUAUCCCCAGGUGCAUGUUUUUGGAGGUGGGAGGAAGCCGGAGUACCCGGAGGGAACCCACGCAGUCACGAGGAGAACAUGCAAACUCCACACCGAAAGAUCCCUAGCCCAGGAUCGAACCCAGGACCUUUGUAUCGUGAGGCACACGUACCAAUGCAAAAAAAGAUCACCAACUUUUUGAUGCACUUCACUUUCAACCCCUGCCUCAUCAAUAACACACCUCCGCCAUAGUGAGGCCCUGGCGUGGGCUACACACCAGUACACGUCACGUCAUGCCAACAAGACCGCUAUCAGCGAUCAAAAGAUGAACUAGAUGCACUUCAUCCCCGACGUCAUCACCUUUACAUCACACCGUUCCAGAAGCCCCCGACCGCAUCUUGACUUCCGACCGGGCCAGUCGCCAUGGGGAAGGAGAAAGUCCACAUCAACAUCGUCGUGAUCGGCCACGUGGACUCGGGGAAGUCCACUACCACGGGCCACCUCAUCUACAAGUGCGGCGGCAUCGACAAAAGGACCAUAGAGAAGUUCGAAAAGGAAGCUGCUGAGAUGGGGAAAGGCUCGUUUAAGUACGCCUGGGUGCUGGACAAGUUAAAGGCAGAGAGGGAGCGUGGCAUCACCAUCGACAUCUCUCUGUGGAAGUUUGAGACCUCCAAGUAUUAUGUGACCAUCAUCGACGCCCCGGGCCACAGGGACUUCAUCAAGAACAUGAUCACCGGGACCUCUCAGGCCGACUGCGCCGUGCUCAUUGUGGCCGCCGGCGUCGGGGAAUUUGAGGCCGGUAUUUCCAAGAAUGGGCAGACCCGUGAGCACGCCCUGCUGGCCUACACUCUGGGUGUCAAGCAGCUCAUUGUGGGCAUCAACAAGAUGGACUCCACCGAGCCAAACUACAGCCAGAAGCGCUACGAGGAAAUUGUGAAGGAAGUUAGCACUUACAUCAAGAAGAUCGGCUACAACCCAGACACCGUUCCAUUCGUGCCCAUUUCUGGAUGGAACGGCGACAACAUGCUGGACGCCACCCCUAAUAUGCAAUGGUUUAAAGGGUGGAAGAUCAAUAGGAAGGAUGGCAAUGCAUCGGGGACUACACUGCUGGAAGCUUUGGACGCCAUUCAACCACCCACCCGUCCAACAGACAAACCUCUCCGUCUGCCUCUUCAGGAUGUCUACAAGAUUGGAGGUAUUGGAACCGUGCCUGUCGGCCGCGUGGAAACAGGCAUCCUUAAGUCUGGCAUGGUGGUGACCUUCGCCCCGGUCAACAUAACAACCGAGGUGAAGUCAGUGGAGAUGCACCACGAGGCGCUGUGCGAAGCCCUACCCGGCGACAAUGUGGGCUUCAACGUCAAAAACGUGUCCGUCAAGGACAUCCGCCGAGGAAACGUGGCUGGCGACAGCAAGAAUGAUCCGCCGCAGGAAGCUGCCAGCUUCAUUGCUCAGGUUAUCAUCCUGAACCACCCCGGCCAGAUCAGUGCCGGCUACGCUCCUGUGCUGGACUGUCACACGGCUCACAUCGCCUGCAAGUUCGCCGAGCUCAAGGAGAAGAUCGACCGCCGCUCCGGCAAGAAACUGGAAGACAACCCCAAAUCCCUGAAGUCUGGAGACGCUGCAAUUGUAGACAUGACUCCCGGGAAGCCCAUGUGUGUCGAGAGCUUCUCUGAGUAUCCUCCACUGGGGCGUUUUGCAGUGCGUGACAUGCGGCAGACUGUGGCUGUGGGCGUCAUCAAGGGUGUGGAAAAGAAGGCCUCCACCACUGGGAAAAUCACCAAAUCUGCCCAGAAGGCUCAGAGGAACAAAUGAAUGUUGUGCUACGCUGCCGACCCCAGGGUCUCCCAGGGCAGGACAUCAGUCAUCCGACUUCAUCCUACAAUUGGCUGCUUCAACUUAAUAAUCAAAGACUGGUUAAUCAUCACGAUGCAUCGCAAAACCAUCCGAAGAAAAGAAAAACAGUAAGACCCUAUUGUAGAUGGAUUACCAUGAUAUAUAAUGUAAUAUCACAUAGUUUUAAGUGUGCACUGUUCAUUUGAUUCAUGGCAAUACCAUUCUGUGAUAGUGUACAACUUGAGGUAUUACCAUCUAUCGCCUCUCUAUAUCCCUCCACUACAGGUACUAGUGUGUUUACAUGGUGAACGUUGUCUUUACUAGUGUCUGUUUUCUGUUUUUACAGCGCGCGUCGUACAAGCCGGGAUUAGCGGUUAAAGACUACUGUAUGUUCUUCUGAGUAUUUAGUAGAUGAGUAUAACUUCAUGUUUUCUUGUGGUUCAGCUUUAAAAAAAAAAAAAAAAAAAAAGUAUUUCAAACAAAAUGUGUCCUUCCUAAGGGCCUCCUAAUAGGCCACCUAAUUCUUAAAGCACUUUAAUUGGCACUUUGCUAACUUUGCACUUGCUAUGGAGAUAUUAAAACAUGAAUAAGCUAUCGCACCUUAUUGUAGAAUGGCACAAGCCGCUUUGCAACAUUAAAUACGUUCCACUCAA